CUUCCCAACUCUUGCCUCGGUCAAGAAAAAAAAGAUGGCGGCCAACCCGCCUGAAAAUGAACUGACCGACCUUUUUGGAUAUUUGUCGUUAGAUUCACGAGAAGACGUGAAAAGCUUGGCUUUGGAAUACUUGCUUGGACUAACUGGAAGCGUAGAUGGCAUUAAAUUUAUAGAAAACAAUUUGAAACUGGUCGAAAAAGUUAUUGAAUUGACCAGCGAGAAGUCGCAAGGAGUGCAGAAAGACGCUUGCGUGUUUCUCUUAAAUGCAUCAGCUUCGCAAAUCGUGGCAAGAAAACUAGAAAAUCUUAAUACUUUUGAGUUAAUAUUACCUCAGAUCGUUGACAAAGAUUGUAUAUUUGCUGAUAAAGCAGCUAUGCUUUUGUCAAAUUUAACUAGAUCGGAACAAGGUUGCGAAUUGUGUUUGAAAAGUGUUGAAAAAACACCGCAGUACUCCCUUAAGAAGAUUUUUGAUGUGCUUUGCAAUGAGAAAUAUAAUGAACAUGUAGAGCUGCAUCAUUUAGCAACAUUUCUAUCGAACAUGAGCAGGCUUAAGGUGGUACGAAUGUUAGUCCUUGAUAAAGUCGGAGAUUUGAUGCAAAAAUUGUCACCAUACGUUGGUUUUCAAAAGUCUGUGGUGCGUAGAAAAGGGAUUGUUGGUAUUAUCCGGAAUUGUUGUUUUGAAUAUGGUAGGUUUCAAAGUACUGAAUGAAUGACUAUAUGUCCAAGAACUUUUGUUGGGGGAGUUGGGGCUAUGCUACCCCCCCCCCCUCCCCCACAUGCUAAAAGAGGCCUUGGAUGAUACUGUAAUUGAAUGUAAGUGAAUGGGGGGGGGGGGUCCCAAUCAUUUAUACUUGUGUUGAGAGCUAUUAAAAGCUGAAUUGCAAGAGACACAUCAGUAGUAAUAUUGUGCUUCCAUUAAGCCUCAAUAUCCUAGAAAUCUAUCCUAACGUUUUCUAGACUGCCAUGAUUGGUUGCUUGGUGACAAUGUUGAUAUCUUGCCCACACUCUUAUUAUCAUUGGCUGGACCAGAGGAAUUCUCAGAAAGCGAAAAUGACAAGCUACCAAUGGAUCUACAGUAUCUGGGAGAUGAUAAGGAACGUGAAACGGACCAUGAGAUAAGAAUGAUGCUGAUUGAAUGUCUUAUGAUGGUAAAAUUACUUUCUUAGUAAUUUUUUCAAUCUUCCCAUAAUUGAAAGUUGAUUUGUGUAACCCAAAGAAGACUGUAGUAUUUUUAAAUUAAAGUUUCUCUUUAGUAAAUGUGAGGUUCAUAUGCGUAAUUUCAUAGCUUUUACAAGUACUAGAUUGUGUACAAUAAUUUAAAAUAUCAGAUAAAACUAACAAUAUUUAGAAUUCGAAAUAAUAAGAUAAAGAAUUCUUCUAAAAUCUUAGUUCUACAACAACCCAACACUUUGGCCAUUUAGUGCGUUUAGGCACUCAUAAAUCUCGCAAUAUUACGUCAUCCAAACACGAGACCCAUGGCAAUUUAUGCAAGAUCAUAUUACCAUUGCACGUUACUUUGCAGUCUUUAACAGCACGAUUUUCUAUUUCUUUACGUAUCUUGCAGCUCUGUUCCACCAAAUCUGGUCGGCAAUACAUCCAAGAGAAGAACGCUUACGUCAUCAUACGGGAACUUCAUAAGUGGGAAAAAGACGAGAACGUUUGCAAGGCGAUCGAAAAUCUCGUUCAAAUAUUGAUCGGAGACGAACCCGAGGACAAUAUGGCAAACUUACACGAAGUAGAAAUACCUGACGAGAUAAAAGCCCAGUUUGAACAAUGUGAUGAAAAAAAUUUGGAGUAAAGGGCAGGCUCCCAAAUGACAUUGGGCGGAUUUAUAUUAUAGUUUGAUUGAUCAGCCGUCUUAUGUAAACACACGAUAGACUAUAACUAGAAUAGUGUGAUCUAUUGGUAAUGGUUCUGCGUGAAAGUCAUUCCUGAUAUUUUCUUGAUAUAAUACUGUUGUCCAUCUAUAAAGCCUCGGUCAAACAACGAUGAGGGUUGAUGAUAGUUGCAAUGGACCUAUUCCCUAAUGAACAAAAUUUUGAUGCAGACAAGUCUAGACAAAAAUUUCAUCACAGCUUGAAAGAGUAUCACAAAAUUAGUAAUAUUCCGAAGUUUCGUUGCGAAAUGUUGUAAAAUGCGGAUAAUAUAGCCCUGCGAAGUUUGCCGUUUUUCAGUUAUUUUGUAUUACGCACGGGAAAUUGAUACCGCUUUCUGACAAAAGGUAUCAAUUUCCCGCGCGUAAUACAAACUUCGCAGGGAUAUAUUAUCAAAAUUUUGUUCAUUGGAGAAUGAGUAGGUCCAUUCCCGCUUGCCUUAAAGGACCACCUAAUCCACUCUCAUCAACUUUCAGCUGGUUCAAAUUUUGAUGAAAGGUGCGUGGUAAUAUCCAAUCAACUCUCAUCAACUCUUAAAGGCCCAUUUACACUUGCAAUUUUUGCUACGAUUUGUAGCGUGAUUUUCUUCUUCUGAUCGAUGUGAACGAGUAAAUAAGUUAUGAAUACUCUGAAUAUAUGUACCCUCAUCAAAAUAUUCCUAAAGGUCGCUUCGCGCGAGAAAAUUCGCUAGUGGAAAACCGGCUUAGCCGGAGUUGAGAAAACUCUCAUGCAAACUCUCGCUUGCCAACUCUCAUCCUUUUGACCUUUUCUCCGGCGCUGAUGAGCAAAGCAAAAAAAGAAUGACAAAAGCCUUAUAAACUAAUCUCCAUCUUUAUUGUAUAAAUAUAUACUUAAAUAUCAUCUGAUAAUUAUCGAUUUUUUACCCUUUGCUUUUAUAAACUAUUUUCACAAAAAUGCAUGUGUUUUAUUUAUUACCAAACUUGUGAUGAACCUGCACCAUAAUAAAACGUGUUUCAUAGAGGCGGCAAAAAUAAAGAAUGAAAUAAUUACACGGCAAAAUCGAUUGAACUAUUGAGCGUAGUAAGACUAGUAGUAUAAACCAGCCAUAACAAACCAACUUGUCAUCAGGAUGUGUUCGCACUGCUUGUCCCCAGUUUGUUGAAGAGUUGUCAACGGAUUGUUAACAAUUUGCUACAAAGUUGUUGAACUCAACAGACUUGUUACAAGUUGCUCCAACAACUUGUUAUCGUCCUGCAAUUCAACACCUUGGAGUGACAACCUUAUAGCAACUUGAUAAACUAACAACAUUGUUACAACUUGUUGACAUGCUUGCUACAUGCCUGUUGCGAACACGUCUUGUUGACAAGAUGUGAAAUUUUACGUGUGUAGUACAAGGUAAAUACCGACCUAAAAUGAACGGAUUUUGUGCUUGGUUGAUGAACCUAUCUAAAGAACGAGUCAUAAACACUGAUGACUAUUGUUUUAUGAAGCCAAUCACAAAACACGAUCAUUUUAAGUUGGUAUUUACCAAACCGUAUUAAUUUCAUACGAUGGAUAAUAGACGACAGGUUUUCUUUACAAUCAUUUAGUUCAACGAGUUUGUUUGCCGUCGUCGUAAAGUGCUUAAUGCAUUGAAAUUUCACUCCAUUCUUUUAUGUCAAUUAUGUUUGAAAGAAAAUACAAAAUGACUAAAUAAGAUGCUUUGUCAAACUAUCCCAAUUUCCACGAGCGUUGAUAUAACUGUAUAUCAAUACGGAAAAAUGUUUUAUAUUUUUAUAUAAUAUAGCACAAAGAAAUAUAAAGAAAGAAAUUUUCCGUGUUGACAUAGAGUUAUUUCAACACGGCUCUUAAGCCAAGCUUUCCACUUCAGUCGUAUCGUAGCGAAACGUUGCGUAUUUGUGGCAGUAAAUGACUUCGACACAAAGUAUCUCACUGGUCAUUUUGAAUUUUCAUUACAAUGCAACCAUAAAAAAUGAUGUGAAAUAAACUUCCCCUACCAAUAAUCACGAGUGUUCGUAUGUGACCAUCGUAGGCUUGCUCGCUUGCCUUAUCAGUAGUUCAUGAUGACUUAUUUGGCUGGCUUGUUUCUCCACGGCAUUCUUGUACCUCUUUCGACUCAAUACCCGCAGAAAGGCUUGACGAAAGUCUUUGUUCAACCAUGAAUAAACGAGAGGAUUAAAACAGCUAUUAGCGAAAGUCAUCAACUUUACUACGGCGUUGAAGGUGCCUUCGUACUCGCCAAAAGUUCCUUCGAAAUACCCCGGGCUCACUUUCUGUAGAAAGUAGUAUAGCGUAGACGGACCCCAACAUAUGAUGAAUAAACCAAUAACAAUGGAUAAACUCACAGUGGCUUUUCGUUCUAUUGCCCAUGCCUCAGUCCGGGGCGUGCUACCUCUCCGAUUCACCAUGCUGAUUCUUCUUUGUUGUUUAAUAAUGAUAGCAUGUUUAAUCGCAAUAACGUAUAUCGAAAAUUGGCACGCCAGAAUAAGCAAGAAUGGCACCAAGACAUUCCCCACUAUCACUGCCAUACUCCAUUCGUUUGUCGGUCUAAAAUAACAACCAUCGUCUUUUUCUGUUUUCCAAAAAAAUGGCAAAGCCGACACUAUGAUGGCCCAACACCAUGUACAGCCUAAAGCUGCCUUCAUACGUUGAGACGUGACCGUAGUUUGGUAUGUUAGUGGUCUAACAAUGGCCAGAGCCCGGUCCACGCUGAUUAUAGUGAGACUGAACACGGACGCGUAUUCUGUGAGAAAAUAGGAAAAUCGCGAAAUAUCGCAUACAACUUGUUCCUUUUUCCCGCCAAAAACGUGUUUCUUCGCCAAGUACGACGUCAUGGCGACCAGGCCGCACAUCACGUCAGCAACCGAGAGGCUUAGGACUGGCAAAUAGAGCGCUCUGCGCAGGCGUGGUUGAAUGACGAAUGCACUGCAUACUAACAAGUUUCCGGCGACGCUGAGGACAAUUAGGAUAGCGAGGACUAUCGUGACUGCUUCGACGGGGACGUCGUGCCGAGAUCCGUGGACAUGUCGUGGGUCGUGUCCUAAAUCCGUGUCAUUAUCCAUGUGUCUGAAAAAGAAUAAUUAUCACUUAUUUACUGAGACCGAGGGAAACAGUGUGUUUUGUGGUCUCAGUAAAUAAGUGUUUUAUUAUAUAACAACAAAUUAAAGAACAAAUGAACGUAAAUACAUGAAAUAUUUUAUUGUUAAAACGUUAAAUUAAACACUGGCUACACUGCAGUUACUUGAAGCGAAAGUUUUAAUUACGUACUAGGAAUGUCCAAAGGUCGCAUCUUCACGUGAUGGCGCACGUGAAUGUUUUUGUUAUUCGCCGGUCGAUAACGUAUUAUCUCCCUCUUGCGCUGUUGCGAGGGAGACAGCCUAAUUUCGUCACUCUCACGUGAUAUGUUCUCAACCAAUAAAACACUAGAAAAAUGCGACUUUGACUAUUGAUAUAUAAUAAUAA